AGGAUGACAGAAAUAGACGAAGAAAACAAUGGAAGAUAUCAGGCAAGUAGUGGUUCAGCAGUUCGGCCUCAUUCAGCACCCCUGGUUUACAUAAUAGACACCCUCUCACCUUCAUCCUCAGGUUCUCCUUCCUUCCAAGAACUCUGAAUAAGAGCAGCAUAAAUGGACAGGAAGAGGGUGGGCGUUGUUGGUGCUGGUGUGAGCGGCCUAGCAGCCUGCAAGCACGCACUGGACAAGGGGUUCAGCCCGGUGGUAUUCGAGGCUGAUGACACCAUCGGUGGAGUGUGGGCGCAUACCUUGCAGUCAACAAGGCUUCAAGCGCCGACGACAUCGUUCCGGUUCUCGGACUUGGCGUGGCCAGCCAGCGUGACGGCGACGUACCCAGGCCACGGUGAAGUCAUGGAAUACCUCAGGUUGUACGCAUGCGAGUUUGACCUCCUCAAGUGUAUCAAGUUCAGUAGCCAGGUGCUUGGAGUUGAAUACUUUGGUGCAACCGAGGAAGAGAUUAUGGAGUGGAAGCAUUGGUCUGGUGACGACGGGAAGGCGUUCAGAGCUGGGAAAGAUGGAGGGUGGAGCCUUAAAGUGAAGGACCUGAAAAUUGGUACCGUUGAGGUUUUUCAAGUGGAUUUUCUCAUACUGUGCAUCGGAAGGCAUAGUGGAACCCCAAAUAUCCCAGAAUUUCCAGUGAAUAAAGGGCCUGAGUUCUUCAAGGGCAAAAUAUUGCACUCUAUGGACUACUCUUACAUGGAUAAUGCGGCUGAAUUUGUUAAAGGGAAGAGUGUGACAAUAAUUGGGUCCGGAAAAUCAGCAUUUGACAUUGCUGCAGAGGUUGCCAAAGUCAAUGGUGCAGCUCAGCCGUGCACCAUGAUAUAUAGAACAAAACACUGGCGGGUUGAUAAAUUUAGUAUGUGGGGAGUUAACCUUAAUUACUUCUAUCUUAACCGCAUCUCGCAACUAUUCGUUCAUAAACCCGGUGAAGGAUUCCUGCACUAUAUGUUGGCUAGUGCACUCUCUCCCUUGAGAUGGGCAAUUACAAAAGUAAUUGAAACCUACCUCAAGCAAAGGAUUCCUUUACAAAAACAUGGGAUGGUACCUGACUACAGCUUCUCCUUUGCUAUGUCUUCUUGCUUGAUUGCAAUGCUGCCAAAAGGGUUUUAUGACAGGGUUGAUGAUGGCAGCAUUAUUCUAAAGAAAUCAAAGAGGUUCAGCUUCUGCAGUGAUGGGAUCAACCUGGAGGAUGGAAAUGAAAGCAUAAAGAGUGAUAUUAUAAUUCUAGCAACAGGAUUCAGAGGAGACCAGAAGCUUAGGGACAUCUUCACAGCAAACUGGUGCAGAAAUAUAGUGGCAGGAUCAUCAGAUACAUCGGUUCCACUAUACAGAGAAUGCAUCCAUCCUCGAAUCCCUCAGUUGGCAAUAGUCGGAUAUUCUGAGAGCCUUACCGACAUAUAUGUCUCAGAGAGGGUGGCUAAUUGGGUAAUCCAUUUCCUGGCUGGUGGCUUCCAAAUGCCAAGCGUAAGACGCAUGGAAGAGAGUGUAGCAGAGUGGACAAAGUACAAGAAUCUUUACAAUGGAAAGUAUUUUCGACGAUCUUGCAUAAGCACAGUGAAUAUUUGGUUUAAUGAUUUGUUGUGCCAAGACAUCGGAUGCAACCCUAGAAGAAAGGAAGGAUUCCUUGCGGAAUGGUUCCAGCCAUAUGGACCUGCUGAUUAUGCAGGCCUUUUCUGAAGAAAAUAGCAUAUCUGUCACUAGUGUACUCACAGCAAAAGAAUAAGAGACGAGAGCUGCUGCCUUAAGGGUUCUAUAAUUAUUUCAGCAAGUCUUUGUUUUAGCAAGUUUGUUGUUAGCUUUACUACAGGAAAUAACUCUACAGUUUUCUGCAGUACAUUUUAAUUAGAGCAUCUCCUAAGAAGCUUUACGCUU